CUUCUCUUGACAUGGAUCGAAACGCUCAGGAGCUGUUCCUCAACUUCAUGAUCGUGUUGAUCACACUUCUGCUCAUGUGGUUACUGGUCAAACAAUACCAGGACUCAUGAGGAGCUCACGUCUCACCUUCAUCAUCAUCAUCAUCAUCUGAGGAGCUGUGAUGCUCCAUUGCACCACUAGAGGACGAUGUGUGUUCAACAGGAGGGAAGGACAUGAUGGGACUUUAGUGAUGUCUUCUAAUCAGCCAGCGAUCAUCACUUUGUCCUUUUGACAGUCUGAAUGUUUCAAUUGAAAAACACACAAUCACACAAACUCACAUGUAGCCAAAAGAGUUGUGUACUGAUUUAGAACAUGUGAUUUGUGUACAUUAAAUAAAUAACUUUUUGGCAAUGCAGUUCUGUGUGUGUGUGAA